UUUUAACAAUAAGAAUAGAAUACAAUAUAUAUUCUAACGAUCAAAAUACAAAUGAAAUUAUUUCGACUGCUUUAAAUGAUUUAGAAAAUACAUUUUUCGUCGAACAUUUAGAUUCUGAAGAGAGUUCCGUAUUAGAUGAUGACAAUAAUGAAGAAAUUCUCGAUAUUGACGAUGAUAUUAAUUUAGAUAGGUUAAAUAAAUUUGAAUUUGUAGAAGUUCCUGAAAAUUAUAUUGAAGAUAAAGUUUAUGACGAUCUGAAA